GUCAUCACUGAGUGGCCUUCUCACCUCGCCCUUUAGGCAGCACCAAGAGUCAUGGGCAGCAGAGAGAGCGCGGCGGCGGCAGGAGAGAGAAGAAAGGCUGCAGAGAAUAGAACGGGAAGAAAGGAACAAAUUCAACCGAGAGUAUUUAGACAAAAGAGAGGAGCAAAGACAAGCAAGAGAAGAAAGAUACAAAUACUUGGAACAGUUGGCAGCCGAGGCGCACGAGAAGGAACUGAGAAGCCGGAGUGUGAGCCGGGGCAGAGGUGAACUCUCCUUGGACCUGACCUCCCCGGCAGCCCCUGCCUCCCCCACCUCUCUGCGCAGGAGCCCUCCGUCUCUAGACUCACAAGAGGCUCUCCUGGGAGCCGCCUCCUCUCCGGAAACAGCUCAGCAUCCCCAAGCGAGUGCUGGGGAUCCUGAGCCUGGACCGGAGGCGGAGGCGGGGCAGGGUACGGAUGAGGCUAGCCCGGAAGUAGCGCCAGCCCGCGUGGGAGCGGAGAAGGAAGUGGAGCAAGCGCUGGAACAAGAGCUGGAAGAGCGGGCCUCUCUCAGUGAGAAAGAGAGGCAGAGUGAGGAGGUGAACGAGAAGGACAACUGCUCUGCCUCCAGCAUCUCAUCCUCCAGCAGCACGUUAGAGAGGGAGGAGAAGGAGGACAAGCUCUCCAGGGACAGGGGAACUGGUCUGUGGUCGGCGGGUGUUCAGGAUGCCGGUGUAAAUGAACAGUGUGGCGACAUCCUCACCAACAAACGGUUCAUGCUGGACAUGCUGUAUGCCCAUAACAGAAAGCCCACGGAUGACGAGGAGAAGGGGGAGGGCGAGAAUGGGAGGACUGAGCCGGGUGCGGAGGCGGUGGCCAGCCUGGCUAGCAGGAUAUCCACCCUGCAGGCCAACUCUGUGGCCCAGGAUGACAGCGUCAGGAGGGUGGACGUUGGCUGUCUGGACAAUCGGGGCAGCGUGAAAGCCUUUGCUGAGAAAUUCAACAGCGGGGACCUAGGGAGAGGGUCCAUCUCCCCUGACGCCGAGCCUAAUGACAAGGUCCCAGAGAAAGCAUCCGCACAGCCGAAGACGGAAUCUGACUAUAUCUGGGACCAGCUCAUGGCCAACCCGAGGGAGCUCAGAAUCCAAGACAUGGAUUUCACCGACCUGGGGGAGGAAGAUGAUGUGGACGUCCUGGACGUGGACCUGGGUCCCAGGGAGGCCCCGGGGCCACCGCCCCCACCCCCGCCCACCUUUCUGGGUUUGCCGCCCCCGCCCCCACCGCCCCUGCUGGACAGCGUACCUCCCCCUCCAGUCCCCGGUAAUUUAUUGGCUCCUCCUCCAGUAGUCAACGCUCCUCAGGGCUUAGGGUGGCCCCAGGUCCCCCGGGGUCAGCCGGCAUUCACCAAGAAAAAGAAGACCAUCCGUCUCUUCUGGAAUGAAGUGCGGCCGUUCGAGUGGCCAUGUAAGAACAACCGGCGCUGCAGAGAAUUCCUGUGGUCAAAACUGGAACCCAUCAAGGUGGACACUUCCAGGCUGGAGCACCUGUUUGAGUCUAAAUCUAAGGAACUGUCCGUCUCUAAGAAAACUGCUGCAGAUGGAAAAAGGCAGGAGGUCAUCGUCCUGGACCCCAAGAGGAGCAAUGCCAUUAAUAUUGGUCUGACAGUGCUGCCCCCUCCGAGAACGAUUAAGAUAGCCAUUUUGAAUUUUGAUGAAUAUGCCUUAAACAAAGAAGGAAUUGAGAAAAUUCUAACCAUGAUUCCCACCGAAGAAGAGAAGCAGAAGAUCCAGGAGGCGCAGCUGGCCAACCCUGACGUGCCACUGGGCAGUGCUGAGCAGUUCCUCCUCACGCUCUCCUCCAUCAGCGAGCUCUCGGCUCGGCUCCACCUCUGGGCAUUCAAAAUGGAUUAUGAAACAACAGAAAAGGAAGUGGCAGAACCACUUUUGGAUCUGAAGGAAGGAAUAGACCAACUGGAGAACAAUAAAACCUUGGGCUUUAUCCUGUCUACUCUCUUAGCCAUUGGGAACUUUCUAAAUGGAACUAAUGCCAAAGCGUUUGAGUUAAGCUACCUCGAGAAGGUUCCAGAAGUCAAAGACACCGUGCACAAGCAGUCGCUUCUCCACCACGUGUGCACCAUGGUGGUGGAAAACUUCCCAGACAGCUCUGAUCUGUACUCCGAGAUCGGGGCCGUCACCAGGUCAGCCAAGGUUGACUUUGAUCAACUUCAGGAUAAUUUAUGUCAGAUGGAGAGAAGAUGCAAAGCUUCAUGGGAUCACCUCAAGGCAAUUGCAAAACAUGAAAUGAAACCAGUUUUAAAACAGCGAAUGUCAGAGUUCCUAAAAGACUGUGCAGAGCGAAUUAUAAUUUUAAAGAUUGUCCAUCGAAGAAUAAUGAACAGGUUCCAUUCCUUUUUGCUCUUUAUGGGUCACCCGCCUUAUGCAAUUCGGGAAGUGAACAUAAACAAGUUCUGCAGGAUCAUUAGUGAAUUUGCACUGGAGUAUCGCACCACCAGGGAAAGGGUUUUGCAGCAGAAACAGAAACGGGCCAACCACAGAGAGAGAAAUAAGACCAGAGGGAAGAUGAUCACCGACUCCGGCAAGUUCUCCGGCAGCCCUCCAGCACCCCUGAGCCUGCCGCAGGGCCUGAGCUAUGCGGAGGACGCCACGGAGCAUGAGAACAUGAAGGCUGUGCUGAAGACCUCGUCACCUGCCAUGGAAGACACCACCCCGGUGCUGGGCGUCCGCACCCGCAGCCGGGCAAGCCGAGGAUCCACUAGUUCCUGGACGAUGGGAACCGAUGACUCCCCUAACGUCACGGAUGAUGCAGCCGAUGAGAUCAUGGAUCGCAUUGUCAAGUCGGCCACCCAGGUGCCCAGUCAGCGGGUGGUGCCUCGGGAGAGGAAGCGCUCCCGGGCCAACCGGAAGUCUCUGCGAAGGACCCUCAAGAGCGGCCUGACUCCAGAAGAAGCCAGGGCCCUGGGCCUGGUUGGCACCACAGAGUUGCAGCUGUGACGUCUGGGGGCACCCUGAGAAGUGUGCCCAAGAGCGCAAACUCCUGCUGGGCAGAAUCCCUCCAGUUGGGAGUGAAGAGACUCGACACUAACAUCCGAAGGUUCUGAAGGGGAGUGUCCAUUUCUAGGUGUCUGCGUGUGGCGCGCUGGACAUUGAUGGGGCUCGCUCAGAGUCUCCUUCAGACACUUCCUUCAUUGUGUCAGCUGUGUUUCUCUUGUUUCCUUGACACCUGGUUUAGUAGUUCCAAAGUGUGACCCCUUUUCUGUGCAAGGAGCAGCCCUUUUAAGGAGCAGAUCACUCUCACAGUUCCUGUGGUCAUAUGAGGCAGUUUGAUUAGGUUCGCAGACUGGGUCUCUCCACAACACCAAAAUAUCCAGAUGGAAACUCCAAAAUUGUACACAAAAAGCAAGCACAGAUUAUUUACCAGUUGUGGAUUUUAGAUGUACUAAAUGUUUAUACAAAUUCAUAAAUGUACACCAUGUUUCAAAUACUAAAUAAAUAGAGUUUAAUGCCAUAA